UCUAGAGAACUCUAUGGCAGACAGACUCCACAAGACGCAGGAAGACUGCACGCGCCGCGGCCUAUUUUAUUCACGGUGCGAAGUGUGCUCGCCAUCCCCGUCUCUGGCAUCCUCGCCAUCCCCACCCCAGGCAUCAUCGCCAUCCUUAACCCAGGCAUCAUCGCCAUCCUCAACCCAGGCAUCCUCGCCAUCCCCACCCCAGGCAUCAUCGCCAUCCUCAACCCAGGCAUCCUCGCCAUCUCCAACCCAGGCAUCCUCGCCAACCUCAACAGACAACCUCGCCAUCCUCAACCCAGGCAUCCUCGCCAUCCUCAACCCAGGUAACCUCGCCAUCCUUAACCCAGGCAUCCUCGCCAUCAUCACCCCAGGCAUCAUCGCCAUCCUUAACACAGGCAUCCUCGCCAUCCUCAACCCAGGCAACCUCGCCAUCCCCAACCCAGGCAACCUCGCCAUCCUCAACCCAGGCAUCCUCGCCAUCAUCACCCCAGGCAUCAUCGCCAUCCUUAACUCAGGCAUCCUCGCCAUCCUCGACCCAGGCAUCCUCGCCAUCCUCAACCCAGGCAACCUCGCCAUCCUCAACCCAGACAACCUGGCCAUCCCCAACCCAGGCAUCAUCGCCAUCCUCAACCCAGGCAACCUCGCCAUCCUCAACCCAAGCAACCUCGCCAUCCUCAACCCAGGCAUCCUUGCCAUCCCAAUCCCCGGCACCCUUGCCAUCCCUACGUAAUAAAUUACGUCAUAAAGCUCAGCAUAGAGUUGUCUACCAUUCGCUCUACUAUUUAUGUACGCGCCACGUAGAGAUACACUCAUAUAAAACUCAUGGCCAGUUUAUGGGAUUACCAGGGUUGUAGAGUCGUUUGGAGAGCCCCUGAAUUUUUGUAACUAUCACGCACUUGCAACCUAGAGAGCAAAGCUGCUCGAGAUUUACUCUACCAAUGUUGGAAUUAUGAUAAACAAGAUUAGAGAUUGCAAAUAUCACUUGCAACGACAAUAUGAACUUAAAAGGUCAAAUUUAUUAGCGAUUAUUUACAAAAAGCUUUGUGUUAUUUAGUUUUUAUGUACAUUAAUAUUGCGCUUAAUUUUCGUGAAAUUUGAUUUCAAGCUUUCUUUAAAACGAUACAAAUGUAUUAAUUGAUGUAACAAAAUAGGUGCAACCUAUAAAUAUUGAGACAUGAUUUUGAAAAGUCAAUUUAAAUUUCAACUUAAUAAGAUCUAAUUUGUCGAAAUAAUGACAGACUUCGGUACCAGUGACUUACUCUUGAAGUAAACUAAUAAAGACCUUAUUCUUAAAAGAAUAAAGUUUUGAAUAGCAUAAAAAAACUCGGAUAUGACGUUGCAAUAACGGUGAAAGUUUAUUAUUAAGAUGUCUCUUUAAGGCGCAUAGACAGAGAACGUAUAGACUAUAGAGCGUUCUCUACAGAUGUGAAAUAGGUGUGGAAAUGUGAUAGAUAUACCGUAUUCGUUGACGUUAGAAAGAGACAGCUAUACGAUUGCUUGUUCUCUCAAGUAUUUGUCAAUUAGGCUAUAUCUGUUUUCUGUCUAUGGUUUAAACGAUAGAUUUGGCGUAGGAUAUGCUGAUUGGAAUUUUAUGAAAUUUUCUAUGAACAUAAAAAAGUGUGGUUCAACAAGUUUUGAUACUUUACGUGUGAAAUCUGCUCCAAAACGUCGUUUAAUCGGUAUAAUUGUAUAAAGUGGCAGUGAUUAUAGAGUAGCGUAGUUAAGACUGCACUCAAGUGUAUAAAGUAGGUGUGUUCAUGAUAAUUGUUUAUAUAUAGUGAGGCUAGCGUAAGAGUCGGUGAAAAGAAAUAUCAUCGUAAUGUAGAUGUAGGUAGCUUAUUCGCUUCGCGUUUGAUAAUUGACGUGGUAUUUUUUAAUGUUCUUCAAUUGUUGGAAUUUUAUUUAGUUUUUUUUUUCUGGCCUGGAAUCUUAAGAGUAACAAAUCCAUGACGUUUUAAAUAAAAAAAAUUGUUUUAGUUUCGUAAAUUAUUGCAUUUGUAAGUUUUAAAAGACAACAGCUAUCAAGUAUAGUCAGUAUUAUUUUUAUUUUACUUUAUUAUUUAUUACGAGAGUUAAAAAUUUAAUUCUAUUUAUGUUUUAAUAACAGUUAUUUGACCGGAGUUUUGAGAUUUUGAUUUUCAAAGAAUCGUAUCUAGAAGAAGAAUCGUAGUUUGAAUUCGAAUAUUUCAAACAUUUUAUCGCAAAUCUUGCAAAUUACAAAAAUCAAAAAGACAUUUUUAUUUUGUUUGUCAACAAAAAUUUGUGAAUCCGUGUGAUCGUGUUAUAUUUUUUGUAUAAAAUGAGUAUUGAGUGUUUGUUUUCUCACGUCCAGUAUAUUUUGUUAGUGUCUACACUUUAAUUUUAUGUUUAGUAUAAAAAUUGUUUAUUUAAUAUAAAAAUUUAACAAGUUACAGAGAAGCGUUUUAUUAUAAUGAAAUAACUGGAACAAUCUAAAAGCAAUGAUGACUUAUUUAAGUUUGGAUCUUUAACAAUUUAUUAAAUGUGUAAAAAUACGAACAUAAGUGUUUAAAAUGUCAUGUCAUUAUAAGUUUCAUAUCAUUUAAAUUUUAAAGAUAAAAGUAUAAACAAACAAAUAUACUUAUUUAAUUAAAGACUUUUCCGUGAUUUGCACCUUAAAACAAUGGAUCUAAGAUUCAAUUUUAAAAUACUCAUUAUUUUGUAUUAUUUUUAUUAUAUUUUUUGACACAAGUAUUAAAUAAUUCUUGCCAAUGUUAUUAGCGUACAACGAUUUGUUUAUUUACAAUAUUUCUGAGGCCUAUUCGGUGUGCAAUAUUCUUUUUAAAUAUAUAUUUUAUUUGGCUGUACAUAUUAGGGCACGGUAGAUAAUAUAAGAAUCGUGAUUGGUUAAAAAUGGAUAACGCUCAUUGGUUGAAAUUCGCGCCUUUUUAAUUGUAUAGUGAUCGCCCUUUUAUGUACCGACAGCACAAUAAUCGCACAUAUUUUAAAUCAUUUUAUAUAUAGACGUAAUGAAUAGAUUGACAAAUUGUAUAAGUCAAACAAUUUUGUAACUUAUUUUUAUGUGGGUAGGUUCUACAUUAGCGCGUGUAGAAGGCACAAUCACUGUAAAAAGCCAUUCUGGUUCACGUACUUGCCAAAGGUGGUAAAGGAAGACGAUUUUUAUAUAGAUGGCGCUGAAUAACAAAGCUUAAUUUUAUAUAAUGCUCAUAAAUAUGAUACUAGAACCCUUAUUUUUUUAACAAUAAUAUAUUUGUCUUUACUUUAUCGACGAAGUAAAUAGAUUCGCUUAUUUUAAACUUAGCUAGCGUUAUCAUACGAUAUAAAAAUAGAUGUAAAACUGGAUUAUUCGAAGAUUUUUUGAAAUUUAGUAUUUGAGGGUAAUCAUAGAAAUAUGUAAUAAUACACAGCGUAAUAUACCAAUUUUUGCCUACACAAAAGCGUUGACGUUUAUGGACUACAUGUAUAAUUGUAUACCACCUUAGACAUGAACGAAGACAGUCAUUAAAGGUUGACGGACAUUAGGACGCCCCGCAACGCAAUAAAAAGGUUUUUUUAAAGUCAGAUUGUAUUAGUUUUUGGUUGAAUGUUGAACUCAUAUACUUAAGAUAAAAAUGUUUAAUCAAAUUAUGCUAGUGAAAUAUGGUCAAAAUCAGAAGAUAGGCUUCUGUUGCGGAAAAUAGGGCUAGAUACAAGAUGGAAUUUAGUCGAGCAGCGUGGAGUACUACCAAGUAUUCACUAUUAAUAGUGAAAAGAAGUUUACAAAAAUUUUCGACCGAAAUAGUGCCCCUUUUCAUAAAAUAUAAAGAAUUUCGUUCCAAUUAAAAUUGUAUCACGACUGCAACUGUCUAGAAUUACAUGUUUUUACGAAUUUGUUGCGUGACGUUGCGUACGUACGUCCUAAUGCGCGUCAACCUUUACAUAGCACGUAGUAUGAGCGAAUUGUUAUACUUUUGUAAACACGUGUUCGAUAUUCCGAGUUAUGUUUUUUCUCACGUUAAUAUAAAAAUAAGGGAUAAUGUCGUGCCAUAGUGUAUGCCUUGGCUUUGUUGGCACUUGUCAAUUUUAAUCAGUCAGUCAGUAAGCCAGCAAGUCGAGGGAGAUUUUUCUACUAAAGUGUUUUGAUAUCACUCUUUUGAUUUGACUUUUUCGAUGUAAGUUGUUUUGUAGUGAUACGACGCUUAUUUUACGUGUUAGAUAAUACAUGAAUGCAUGUUAUAUUGUGUAAGGGAAUAAAAUUAUUUAAAUUUGAA